GCCUAUUUAUUUCGGACUCUUUCCAGGCUGGGCUGGGGAAGUAGAUCUAGAGGAAAGUGGACAUGGAGCUACCUCACGACAGUAACGGAGACCUGGACUGGAACACGCUGGGCAAAAUCUUGACUGCACACAUCCUAGGAGAGGUGCUCCACGCCAAGUUUGUGGACUGGAAAUAUGGCAGAAUCGGGAGAGAUAUCACGGUGGACACCUCAUGGCAGUUUGCCUACGAGAAAAACGACGUAAUGGUUCUGAAAAAGUCGUUUCCAGACAGUCCUCUGUGUGCGUUCAUGGGUCGAGGUGUGAUUGAGCUCCCGCUGGAAGAGGUGUCCCUGUUCAUUGCAGACAUCUCACACAGAGAACAGUGGGACAAGCAUCUCGUGAAUAUUGAAGUUCUGCAAGAACUCUCGAGUACAGAUUUCCUAGCUCGCAUGCAUUACAGAGUGAGAAAAUGUGUUAUUCGAUUCGAGAGGGACGCUGUGUAUUACGAGAGAGCCUGCCACGUGGACGAUAAGUUUGUGAUGACGGCACUCUCAGUCGACCUGCCAAAAUAUCCUCCCAUUCCUGGACUAAUGCGAGCUCAGAUCCUGUCAGGCUCGGGCUGGGUUCUGGAGCCAUAUGACGGUAGCAGUCACACCACACUCGUCACUUACCUGGCACAUUUUGAUCCCAAGGGACUCCCUACAAUCGUUGUCAAUCAGGUCAUGCAGAGACAAAUCAUGGCUAUUAGCUGCAUUAGGGAUCUCCUCGCACCGUCUCUGCCUCCCUCGCCCUCUCCGCAGUCCACCCGUCGACUGAAGAAGAGCAAGAAGCGCGGCAAGGGAUCCACUUCGAGCCUGCCCCACAUCCAAUUUCUGGACAGCAAUGCAGAGAACAGUGGAGAAGGUGAGGCAGCACCAUACGCAGCAUCAUCGGGAAACGGGACAACAGACACCACUGCCCGGUUUGAGGAUCCGGUGUCGGUGUAUGCGUUCAUUCACAGCAGCAGCCAGACAUGAUGAGGAUGGAGAGCGUGCCGUGGGACAUGCACCACCACUGGGACGGAGACGAGGAGCAUAGCCACACCCACUGCGAAGCCAUGGAACCGAGUCCCCGUACCGAGCGGUUGCGGUCCUAUUCCGAGGGCGAAUCGGCCAGUCCCCAUUCCGUUCCAGUGGUCCAGCCCACACUCAUGCAUCAGAUUUUGGAAGAUUCAGAGGACAAACGUCAAGUAACGUAGCAGCUUGGACACAAUAAUAUUGUCAAAUGUGUGUUGUAAUCACUACUCUUUUCUCUUCAAGUUUGAGUGUCCAUGGUUCAUGAGGUUCAUGAAUAGAGGGAGUAAUAUAAUUAUAUAGGGAGGAGGCGGGGUCCAGUAAUCAAUUAGUGUAAAUAGCGUCAGGAGGUGAGUCAGGGAAUGAGGGGGGAGGAGUCAACCAGUCGCAGUGGUCCCCGCUCAGUGGAGGUAGCGGUCCUGCAACAGCCGGGCCACGCGGCAAGGGUCGGGACACACGUCCUGUUGGCACAGGGCUGGAGGGAAUUGUCGGUCCCUCUGUCCAUCUGACUCUCUCCCCACACCAGCGAUGACUCAAACGCUUCCUUCACCUUUUCAAUCUGGGAGAGAACGUUGGCAUAGAGAGUCGGGUCCAGCUGGUAGAUCUCCCCGGGGUCAGAGUUCACGUCGUAGAGGAGGGGAGGGUCGUAACUAUGGAGACUGAAGUUGCCACGACAGACCUCGUCAGGGUAGGUAUCAGGACAAAGACCACCGUGGGAGUUGUAAUGAGCCUUGUACUGGUUCCAACGAACGGCAGACACACCCAGUGACGGCUUAACAUUGUCAGAAAAGAAGAAGUACGUAUCCCUGGGGCUAGGCUGGUUCUGGAAGAGCAGGGGAGAUAUGUCGAGGCCGUCCAGAGUCACUUGAGGAGGCAGAGGAGCUCCAGCCACCGCUGCAAAGGUCGGGAAGAGGUCGACUGUAGCUGCCAUCUUGAGAGAAGAGA